AGCGCCAGCAGUCCUCCGCUGUCUGAUGACGCUCUUCCUUCCUUUCCCACCCAGAGAAAGCUGAGAUCCAACUCUGUGGUUAGUGUGACGAACCGUGAAUCCACCUCUGCGAGCUUAACACGGCUUCUUUAGUUUUCUUACCGACGUGAUUUCACACCUGACCCGGAGCUCUGGGAUGGUUCGCUAAAGUUAUGCGUAAAAAAGCGCACCACUCGUCGUGACGCAGCGUCACCGUUUUGGAUGUAUACAACUCUUCCUUGAAAUCCAGUUUAGCAGCGAUAUUUUUUGGAUAUCGAUAUGACGAGGAAUAUACAAGUCAUGAGGAUUUUUUGGGUGUUUGUUUUUCUCUUCCUUGACUUAUCAGACGCUGUGAUCGACCUGACCAUGAUCUCCACAGCGGAGGUGACAAACGUCAAUCACUUCUCCAUCUCAUGCAUUAACGGGGAGCGCAGCCCUGCCCAGGUGGAGCUGGACAUCAAGAGAGACAACAGGAUCCUCGUAUUCCCCAAAGAACCAAACUUUAAAGUGAAUAAACCCAGGAACAGGGAGGCCGUGGCUAAAGGCUUCCGUGACCUGGAUCAUAUCGGUAUCUUCUACUGUGAAUCCACUCAGGAAGUCCCCCCGCUGGAGACGGUCACAAUGAUCAACAACAUCGGCAGAGCAAAUUUUAUCCCAACUCACCUUACAAUGACUGCUAACAAAGGGGAGACCAUUCACCUCAGCAUGAAGCUGCUCAACUCUCAAAAGAGAGACGUGACAUGGAAGUACAACGGAAACUACUAUUACAUGACUCACUGGAACGAUAUGAUAAACCGCACAGCUGUACUGACGGUGGAGAACGCAGUUUUUGCCAAUCAGGGCAUCUACAGCGCCAGCUAUGUGGGGGACAGUCCUCUUCAUGGCGCCUGGAUGAGGCUCAUAGUAAGAGACUGUCCUAAUAAGAGGUGGGGUCCUGCCUGUGACAGAGACUGUCCAGAGUGUCUGAAUGGCGGAAUGUGUCAUGACGCUGAUGGAGACUGUAUCUGCCCUCCAGGGUUCAUGGGAACACGCUGUGAGACAGCCUGCAGGGAAGGAAUGUUUGGCCGAAACUGCCAGGAGUCAUGUGGCUCUGAGAUGAAUUGUAAGGGGCUUCGCUUCUGUUUACCAGACCCUUAUGGCUGCUCCUGCGCCAGCGGCUGGUUUGGGAACCGCUGUGAGAAAGCCUGCCAUGGUGACAUGUAUGGACCAGACUGCACUCUGACCUGUAAAUGCCAGAAUGGAGGAGUCUGCAACCGUUUCAGUGGAUGUCAGUGUCCCACAGGGUGGAGAGGACAGAACUGUGAGAAGUCCGACCGGGCUCCACAGAUCCUGGAUUUGGAUAGUAAUUUGGAGUGGAAUCUGAACUCCAGCCCCAAGAUCUCCUGCUCCGCCACAGGCAACCCCCUGCCCAGCCACACCAGCAUCGAGCUGAGAAAGCUGGACAGUACAGUGCUCAAGGCUUCUCGCACGGUCAUGGACUCAAAUAAGAGCACAGCCCUGUUUGACAUCCCCCCUCUGACUGCUCAACAAGGAGGAUUGUGGGAGUGCAGGGUGUCCACCAAUGGAGGCCACGACUCCCGCAAGUUCAACCUCACCAUCAAAGAGCCUCCUGUGCCCACCACGGCUCCCAAACUGCUGGAAAGAAGGAGUAAACAGCUGCUGGUGAUGCCGGUGGACUCCCACAGAGGAGACGGCCCCAUCGUCUCCACCCGGCUCCUCUACAAACCCGUGGGGAACGGAGACUCCUGGUCCUCCAUCAUAGUUUACAGUGACAAAGAGCCCAUCACGCUCAUGAACCUGGAGCCUUCAACCCGUUACCAUGUCCGUGUGCAGCUGAGUCGCCCUGGGAUAGGAGGGGAGGGGGCCCCGGGGCCAGAGGCCAUCAUGGAGACUGACUGUCCUGAGCCCACAGCUCAGCCUGAGAUUGACGUCAGCUCUGUGGAAGGCCGAAACGCCACCGUACGUUGGCGCCUGCCCCCCAACAACGGCGUUAACGCCGCCACAGCCAGCGGCUUUUUAGUGCAGCUCAUCGGGCCGCCCCCCUACAGAGAGAAACUCCUGCAGGAGACCACCCUGCUCACUGUGCUCUCCACAAAGUUCCACAACCUGGAGUACCAGAAAGACUACACCGUGGUGGUGCGCCUCAUCAACUGUGGCAGCCUGGGGCCGCCCUCCAAACCAUACACCUUCCGUCUCAGCAGCCAGGGUCCAUCGUCUCCACGCAACGUGCAGGCCCUGCCUCUGUCCAUCUCAGCCAUCCAGGUGAGGUGGCAGGCCCCUGAAGACCCCAACGGAGGCAUCAUUAAGUACACCAUAGAGUACCAGCCGGUGGGCCAGGGGAGCCCUCACCCUUGGGUGGACACGGACGACGGAAACAAGACGUCUAAAGAUGUGACGGCGCUCAAUGGCAGCACGCUCUACCAGUUCAGAGUGAGAGCGUCCUCCAAAGUGCCCGGAGAGUGGAGCAAGGCGGUGCGGGCCAUGACACACGAAGACGGCUUUCGGAGUCUAAUCCCGACCACCCAGGGUGUGGCCGGGAAGCCUCAUGGGGACAGCUACCAGCUGUUGGUGGCUGUGGUCGGCUCGGUAACAGUCACCUGUGUGACCAUCCUGCUCGCUCUGUUGGCUCUUUUCUUCAUCCGCAAGACGCUGCUGAACCGUCGACGCACGUUUACCUACCAGUCUGGAUCAGGUGAAGAGACUAUUCUGCAGUUUAACUCGGGAACUCUGACCCUGACACGGAGGCCCAAACCAACACCAGAGCCCCUCACCUAUCCCAUCCUGGAGUGGGAAGACAUCAAGUUUGAAGAUGUCAUUGGAGAGGGCAACUUUGGCCAGGUAAUCAAAGCCAUGAUCAAGAAGGACGGCAGUAAAAUGAGCGCAGCAAUCAAGAUGCUGAAAGAGUUCGCCUCAGAGAAUGACCACAGAGACUUUGCAGGGGAGCUGGAGGUGCUGUGUAAACUAGGCCAGCAUCCCAAUAUCAUCAACCUGAUCGGAGCCUGUGAGAACAGAGGCUACCUGUACAUAGCCAUCGAAUACGCUCCCUUCGGUAACCUGCUCGACUUCCUGAGGAAGAGCCGAGUGUUGGAGACCGAUCCGGCCUUUGCAAAGGAGCACGGCACAGCCUCCACGCUCACCUCCCAGCAGCUCCUGCAGUUCGCUGUUGACGUAGCAACAGGGAUGCACUACCUGAGUGACAAACAGUUCAUCCACAGGGAUCUGGCAGCCAGGAAUGUGCUCGUAGGGGACAACCUAGUCGCAAAGAUAGCAGACUUCGGCCUCUCCCGUGGUGAGGAGGUUUACGUCAAGAAGACGAUGGGGAGACUUCCUGUACGCUGGAUGGCCAUUGAGUCUCUGAACUACAGCGUGUAUACGACCAAGAGUGAUGUCUGGUCUUUUGGUGUUCUGCUUUGGGAAAUUGUAAGCUUAGGUGGCACACCAUACUGCGGGAUGACGUGCGCUGAGCUUUAUGAGAAACUGCCACAAGGCUUCAGGAUGGAGAAACCUAAAAACUGUGAUGAUGAGGUCUAUGAGCUGAUGAAGCAGUGCUGGAGGGAUCGGCCCUACGAGAGACCCCCGUUCUCUCAAAUCUCUGUGCAGCUCAACAGGAUGCAGGAGGCCAGGAAGGCUUAUGUGAACAUGGCUCUCUUUGAGAACUUCACCUACGCCGGGAUAGACGCCACAGCCGAGGAGGCCUGACUACCAGCCCCCCCAGACCCUCGCACGCCACGUAGCCCCAAGAGGAGGCCCAGAGGAUGGUCGCCACGUUACUGCCACCACCCCGCCGCUCAGCGUCAAGACAGGAGGACCCGACGUUCCACCAGAGUCACCCAGUUAUAAAUGGAGGACUGUGAAAGGACACUGUGUGGAUUUGAUUAGAGACGAGGAGUACGGCUGGGCCCUCUUUUGGGAAAUCCUGUACAAAUCAGUCGCAGUAAAAAAAAAAAAAAAGGACAUGACAUUGUACCUUCUGCAGUUGCAAAAGUUACAACGCUCAAACCCUUUUUGUCCGAGUGUUGAGGGUAAGCGGCAAAUAAGGAGCUACGUGACUUGCUGAACCACCACAGGGUCUGUGGGGUAUCAAAGCUGGACUUUAUUUUCUCUCCAUUGCUCUGAAUGGAGAAAUAAAUCUUUUCAUGAAGGACACGGCGUGGAUCACAAACAAGUUCUCAGAAACAAUGUAGCACUUACAACCAAAGUUUUUCAUGCUACCUGUGUCUUUGACUGUUAGCCUAUCACUGCCAUGCAAAUGUAGCUACUACUGUAUGUUUCUAUAAAAAGAUGUAUAAAAACCUCCUAAUUGAUUGUAAAUGCAGACUGAUAUGAAACUAACAUUGUAGAUACUCGAUGUCUUUCCUGUACAGCUCCAUCACUGGAGUAGCUUUUUGAAUGUGCUAUGAUUACGAGGCAGGUGCACAACCAGUCUACUUGUUAUCAACAUUAUAGUUGACAUAUAACACUAUGCAGCCUAAUGCAAUGUAUGGUAAAAUAUCCAACAUAUGAGAAUGUGUUUUGUAUUAGCUGGCUCCUUGAAUGAAGGUUUUAUGCCCUGACUAGACUCGUCACCACAACAAGCAGCUGUUCCAUUUGCGUUUUCAGUGGCAUGAAUGAAGUUCACUUUACAAAGGUAUUAGUCUCCUGUUUGUAAAAACAUUUCCCCAACCACGA